AGAGAUUAUUACAAUCUGUCCAUAGCUCAGGAUGUGAAAGGCAGUAGCCUGGGCUGGUUGGUUAUUCAUUAGCAAAAAGGAAAGAGCACGGGGUCAGGACUGGUCAAACUGCAAAGACAGGCGGACCUGAAGUAGGGAGAGAGCUCCUGGCAAAGGCAAGAUGUGGAGUUAACAUCUUCCUCUCCUUCACUUUUUCUUGGGACAAAAGGCAAGGUGACUGUUUUCUGUUCUCAGACGCUUGUCUACGUAGAGCCCUCUUACUUUGAUUCUUGUUGUGGGAUUCCUAAGCAGACAAGAAGAAAGGGCAUCUUGCCACUGAGCAGCUGGCCAGCUGCCACUCGGUGCUGCUGUGGGACAGCAGCUACAAGCAGGCUGGCGGGUCUCUCCAGGAAGCCAGGUGUGCCUGCCCGACAGCCUGGGAACCGGUGCUGAUUGCAGAGCUGCCCGAGGAGGAAGAGAAAGUGAAUCUGCAGAGACAAAGGGAAGAGGGAGAGAAGCCCCUCUCCCCUCCUCUCCAAAGGGGAGGGCAGCAUGGGCAACAUCUGCCGGAGGCUCUGGGGGUACUUGAAGCCCUGUCUCCCCUGCUUCAACCAGGAGACAGACAAACAGGUGGCGCCUGAGAACAUAGAGAGCCCCUGUCCCGCUGAGGCUCCCCGGCCGCAGGGCUCCUACUUUGUGGCCCUGUUUGACUACCAGGCUCGGACUGCAGAGGACCUGAGCUUCCAUGCGGGAGACAAGCUCCAAGUCCUGGAUGCUUCCCACGAGGGCUGGUGGUUCGCCAGGCACUUGGAGAAAAGGGGGGCCCUCUCGGGCCAGCAGCUGGAGGGCUAUAUUCCUUCUAACUAUGUGGCCGAGGACAGGAGCCUGCAGGCAGAGCCGUGGUUCUUUGGAGCAAUCAAGAGAGCGGAUGCAGAAAAACAACUAUUAUACUCAGGAAAUCAGACGGGUGCCUUUCUAAUCAGAGAAAGUGAAAGUGAGAAAGGAAGCUUCGCCCUUUCAGUUUUAGUUGAAAGGGUCGUGAAACACUACAAAAUCAGAAGACUGGAUGAAGGGGGCUUUUGCCUUACUCGGAUAAGAACCUUUACCACGCUGAAUGAAUUUGUUAGACACUACACCAAGACAAGCGAUGGCCUGUGUGUCAAGCUGGGGAAACCAUGCUUAAAGAUACAAGUGCCAGCUCCUUUUGAUUUGUCAUAUAAAACUGUGGACCAGUGGGAGAUAGACCGCAAGUCUGUGCAGCUUCUGAAGCGAUUAGGAUCCGGUCAGUUUGGCGAAGUGUGGGAAGGCCUCUGGAACAAUACUACUCCAGUAGCAGUAAAAACGUUAAAACCAGAUUCAAUGGAUCCAAAUGACUUCCUGAGGGAGGCUCAGAUAAUGAAGAACCUAAGACAUCCAAAGCUUAUCCAGCUUUAUGCUGUUUGCACUCUAGAAGAUCCAAUUUAUAUUAUUACAGAGUUGAUGAGACAUGGAAGUCUGCUAGAAUAUCUCCAAAAUGAUGGUGGAUCAAAAAUCAAUCUGACUCAACAGGUCGACAUGGCGGCACAAGUUGCCUCUGGAAUGGCCUAUCUGGAGUCCCAGAACUACAUCCAUAGAGACCUGGCUGCCAGAAAUGUCCUUGUGGGUGAACAUAAUAUCUACAAAGUGGCAGAUUUUGGACUUGCAAGAGUUUUUAAGGUAGAUAAUGAAGACAUUUAUGAAGCUAAACAUGAAAUAAAGCUGCCAGUGAAGUGGACUGCACCUGAAGCCAUUCGUACUAAUAAGUUCAGCAUUAAGUCCGAUGUGUGGUCAUUUGGAAUCCUUCUUUUUGAAAUCAUUACUUAUGGCCAAACACCUUAUAGUGGAAUGGCAGGUGCUCAGGUAAUCCAGAAGUUGCUUCUUAACUAUAGACUCCCUCAACCAUCUAACUGUCCACUGCCAUUCUACAACAUCAUGUUGGAGUGCUGGAAUGCAGAGCCUAAGGAACGGCCAACAUUUGAGGAACUGUAUUUGAAACUUGAGGACUAUAUUGAAGCACACUCCUCAUAUUCAGAUACAAAUAGCUUUGUAAGAUGAACAGUAAAGAAGAGAAUCAAAUAAUGAAGUAGAAAUGAAGUUCAAUAAUCAGUCCAGAGAUACAACCUUAUUAACCAGCUGCAAAAUGAGUUUAUCUUGACAUACUCAAGUGAAAGAUCAAUUCGGCCAUGUAUUAUUAAAAAAAAAAAUUACUUGCACAUUUUAUUGACUGGACAACACUACAGGACAGUCUAAGAUGGCCUAUCAUUUUCUCACUGCCUGAAAAAAUCAAACACACUAAACAAAGUUAUUUUUCUUUUUAAAAGAUACUUACAUUUCUAUUUAUUGUUUGAAAUGCCGAUCAACAGGAUCAACAAAUGAUAGUCAAUUUUUACUCAGUGACUGUUGUAGCAUUUUCCUGUUUACUGAUUAAAGUGGUUAUUCAUUAUUCGUCAGAUUGCUGAAUCCCAUCAGACUGUUAUUAUGAAGGAAUUUGAUUGCUUUGCUGCACAGCAGGACCCGUGCUUUGAGAUUUUUCCCCUCUUUUUAAAUAUCCUGCAACUACAAUGAUGGUAAAGCCAUGUUAAAUGACUUGAUUGUACUUGGAGUAAUUGCCCAUAUUUUUUCCUGUGCAUAAAAAAUGAAGCAGCUGUUGAGAAAAAGAAUUAAAAUUUCUCUCAUUUUGUAGAAGGAAAUGAUGGAAUUUUCUAUACCUCAGUAUGUGUCAUCUGAGAAUCAUCUACAUUAGUUUUAAUCUCUUAAUGUUAAGAAUCAGAUUGCAAAGCUGAUGAGUUAUUAUCUGUGGAAAUAUGCAAGAAACAUCUAUUAGCCUGAAUAUCUGAGAAGUAAGUAUCAAAAUAGUUUAGAAAAACAAGAGGAGAGCCGUAGGAUUGCCAUGGCCUACAAUUUCUGAAGAAUUAAAAAAACAACAACAACUUACCUUUGACCUAUAGACCAGAGUUUAAAAUUGACUACGAAACAGGUCAAGCUCUGAAUAAUGUCUGACCUUGGUUAUGAAACUAUAUUUUUUGUCUGGUAAGAUAAGAGGGUUUUUAAUCAUCUUAAAUGUGUAUUAACUUUGGUAAGAAUAUUACUAUCUUCUUAAGCAAUGGGUGUAUUAAAUUUUGUUCUUCAUUAGGUGGUUUGGGACAGUGCUAAAAGGUAGUUGCAAAAUCAAAUGCAUAUUCAAAGAUUUUCUGAUGUAAAGAUUAAUAUGAACAAAACAAGCCAGGAGAAAACAGAAGUGUAUUCUGUCACUUCUUUUAAAGGGGAAGAAGAACACAUCAAAGAGUUACAGAAACCCCAAUUCAAAGUGGAUUAAACAAUCACUAAACUUGUAAAUUUUCUAACUGGAACACAGGAGGUAGGGACGACUCUAGGCAGAAUGCCAUUAGCUGCAGUUCAAUGAUCUUAACUAAAACCCAAGUCCUUUCCCACUCUUCCCUCUGCCACCAGCAUUGUCCGAAUUCUCACAGUCACGGGUUGCUGCCAGUAGCAGCUGAAGCUCCCUGUUCUCUUCUCAUUUGGUAAGAGAGAAUGGGAAACUGCUAUCUCUGCAUUUUCAUCUUACAUAAGAAGCAUUCCUUUUCUGUCCAGAGAAAUUGGGGUCAUAUGCCCAGCCCUGGACCAAUAAUAGGCUUAAUGUGAAUGCUAAGUGCCAGUUGGUUGGAAAUGUGGUCAUCUUUUCUGGAGACAAGUUGGGAGGUUAGCUUAUCUGAAUAAAAUUAGAAAAUAUUAGAUGCUGGAUAUUAUUAAUUAAAGAGAAAAUUCCCUGAGAACUUUAUAUAGCUGAUAUAUAUAUAUAUAUAUAUAUAUAUAUAUAUAUAUAUAUAUAUAUAUAUAUAUAUAAAGUAGGUGUGUGUACAUUAACUCAAAUUUUUCUGAAACUAAAGUGGGUCAUGUGGAGUUAACUAUUAUAGAUCCCCUUGAUGCUUUUAUGAAGAGAAAUUAUUUAUAAAAUCAGGUAACCACUGAUAUUUUUAAUCAGUUGACUAUGUAUAGGACAAGUUCAAUUAUUGAAAGUCAUCCUGUCUAAUUGUGAACAAUGAAAUACUAUAUAACUUAUCUUUUUGUAGCAGCUAAUAAUAAUACAUUUUUUAGUAAGAUCUGAUUUUUUAAAUGUAUAAAGAUGAUCCUUUCUUGUUUUAAUACCACCUGAAAUCCAUUUAACUUUCUACAUUUGAUUCUUGGAGAUGUUUAUGUUCAUGGUUCUGUCCAAGCAAUGUAUUAUUCUUGUUUUUACCUGAUUGAUCGCUGAGAAAAAUAAUGGAUUCAGUUAUGAGAAGCAGUAAUAGAUUUUUUUAAAAACUGACAUAAAUUUCUUUUUCUGUAUAGAAUAAAAGGAUCAGGAAAAGAUAAGUUGAAUUUUCCUACAAUGAAGCCAGCUCUUGUUAAAUUUACCACCCAUAAAUUGUAGCAAAGCACUUUCUAUGUAAUGUUUUAUUUAUGUGAUUCAGUUACUUGGAGGUGGUGGUGAGGGAUGUGAGUACAUAAUUUCAAUAUGGUAUUUCAAAUAUCUUUUGACAAAAACUUAAGAAUUUUUGUAAUAGAAAAAUUCCAAAUUCCGUUAAACCUCUUUUAAGAAGGUUAGGAAGGAAAUAGGUUUACCUUACAUAAGGUCAAACGAGGCACAGGCACAGACUGGACUCCUAAUAGUUGUGGAACCUGAAUAUUGUGUCAUUGAAAAACAAAGGUAAAGUCAAAGUGACCAGCAAUCUCCAAACUGGGUUGGAGAAUGGGUUUUAUAAUAAUGUUAUGGUCAUAAGGAAACCCCUCUGAUGUGUGGAAAUAAUUAUUGUGUGAAAUAAUUAAUGUGUGAACUGUUUGCUGUGUGAAGACCCCAAUACUCUGUAACUUCCAAAAUGUGGUGAACGCCCCACUAUCUUGAUGUGAAUGCCCUAAGCCCUUAAAACAUAAACACCCUGCUCCUAGCACAAGGCACACCAUCUGGCCCACACUGAUAAGACACAAGUUGUUUACCACCGGCUAUAUAAGCAACAGAUUUUCUUCAGUGGACAUCUCCUGCCUGAUGAGAGGAGGACUCCAUGUCACUCCGUGAGACAAGCCCCUGAUUGACUGCUCUGCCGUGCGAGCCUGAACCAACUGUGGCCACCUGUCUGUCUCCAUCUUUGUCGUCCGUCUUUUGGUGUGCAUCGCUGGGUGGCCUUUGCUGGAGCCUAGGACCCACUAGGAAUAGGUAAAUAAACCCUGUGUGAUUGCAUACUAA